AUGUCGGAUCGAGCCCCACAUCCCUCAAACCUAGAAUCACCAACUCCAAAUCGCAACAGUAUCACCUCCACAGUCCCUUCAGUCCCAGCAGACUCAAUACAUCUCUCUAGCUUAAACCAAAACCUAACUUUUGAGAAAAUUAAAGUGGAAGAGAAUGAAGAGGGAGAGAAAUUGAAGAAGAGAAAGGAGAAGAGAGGGAAAGGGGGAUGUGUUGUGAGGAGAUUUCAGAAGAAAGGGAAGAUGAGAAGUGAGAAGAGGAAGAAGUCAGGGAGUAAAAUUGAAGCUCUGGAGAAGGAGAAUAAAUAAAUUGCAGUUCAGAGUACUUCAAUUGAAAGAUGAAUUGAACAGCUUAAAGAGUUUGGUUAAGAAGAAAGAGAAGUUUUGAGAGAGACAGCCUAUGCAUCAUCCUAGUACUCUGAAUCAACCAAGUCUUAGUGUAAAGAGCUCGGCAAAUCAAGAAUCCCGACUUUGCUAUUCAGCUGAUAGGAAAAACGCUAGAACUAAAUACGGAAAGGCUCCUCGGCCAAGGAAGAUCAGCAAGUCAUCCCAUAGAAAAAUCAAAAGUGCCCUCAACAAAGCUGAUGAGUGGAAGCAGCGCUGCAAAGUACUCGGUGAGCAAUACCUCCAAGAAAUACAGAAGGUCCGGAUGAGCGUCGAAAUAUUCAAAAAUGAUGUUCUAGGAACUCAUAAAGAUAUGCAAAUGAAGUUUAUUGAUCAAAUUAUACUCGCUCAUAAAAAGUUUCAGAAACAUCUCAAUAAGAAAGAUAACAAGAUCAAAAAUUUGAAGCUGAAGAAUAAAAAGUUGAUGGAAAAAUUAGGUAGUAUUAGAAAAACUUUUGAAGACGAUCCUCAGGAUCAGCCAAGGGAGAAAAUUCUUACACCUAAUUCAAAACACCAAUUCCAUCCAAAUUACUACCAGCCACAGGUCCAGAAAACAUCUAAAAUAGAGACAAUUGGGCCAUCAGGGUUAAUAAGAACAAUUCCUCCAGAAAUAAUGGACACUCAUAAUUCCCAUAUCUCUCAAAACAAGCAGGUGAAUAAGCCUGGAAGUUAGUUUUGAUGAACCAAUAAAUUUUCCAAUCUA